AUGGACGCCUACGAUUACGAUCCCUUGAAUCUCGAAGGUCCCUCUGCUCGACUUCUCCUGUUAUAUGGCGGCGAAUGGUUCGAUAAGCUAGAAUGCACCCUCAUGCAGGCCUGGUUUGACGGCAAUGAGGCUUUGUCUUAUGAAGCGUUGUCAUAUACCUGGGGCGAUGGCGAAAAGCCGAAUCGAAUUAAGAUAGACGGGAAAUGGCUUCCUGUCACAACCAAUCUAUUCGACGCCCUUACGCAUCUGCGUUACCCAACAGAGCCUCGAAUUCUAUGGGUCGAUGCUGUGUGUAUCAACCAGAACGACACCAGAGAGCGGGGCCACCAGGUUCACCAAAUGAGGAAUAUAUACUCUCGAGCGGAACGAGUCAUCUUCUGGUUGGGUCCAGGAACAAGUGAGACGAAUGCUAUUCUGUACUCCCUAUACGAGCUGGAACAGGAAAGUCUCCAUCAUGGAUCGUCCAGAAACUGGAAGCUCACAGAUGAGCGUUGGAGAGAUCUAUGGUCAUAUCUUAUGCGUCGUAGACACCCGGAUCUAUUGGAGAUGCAGAAGACAGGGAUGAAGCUGUUGUUGGAUCGGCCUUGGUUCCGACGAGUAUGGAUUGUGCAAGAAGUUGCCAAUGCUCGAAGUGCUCUGGUUUGCUGCGGCAGCCGGUCGGUGUCAGCGCUUUUCUUCGCUCUGGGACCCUUGCUUACGGAAGUCGAGCCAAUGCCGCACUGUCAAGCCAUCUUGGAUCUAAUGCCCGGCCCUGCAAGGAAUCAUUCUUGGUGGAGUAGACGGCAAGAUCUUCAUACACUGCUUUGCAAAUCCAGGCACAGCGAAGCAAAAGAUCCCAAAGAUAUGAUAUAUGGCUUGCUUAGCAUUGCCUCAGACAUGCAGAGCACCAAUGAAAUACAAGUGGAUUACAAUAAAUCCGAAGCGCAAGUUGUCGCUGUCGCUUUUUCCUUUUUCUAUCAUGACCUAUUCCCAAACCAUUUUAGCGGAAUGUCUCAGUUCGUGGCCAAUUUAGACAUCCUCGACGCUCGAUGUCUCUUGACAUUCGUACAAAGCUUCAACUUCAAUAGCGAUUUAGGUCUCCUAGAGGAAAGAAAAGUCAGGGCCAUGAUCGCAAAUGAUAUUUCUUUCAGCGCAGCAAGAAACUGGUGUCCAGAAGAAGCGUUGUCCCGCCUUUUCGAAGAGCACGCAAGCGGCAUAAGCAUGACACGAGGUCUUGUUCGGAUACUGACCUACCAUUCCAAUAAUAGCUCAAAAUGUCGCACAAAAGCACCCACGUUACCCAACGAACGUUUCUCAAUAGCAGCCGAAUGCUCGAAACGGCAUAGAGAAAUGAUUAUCAAUUGCCUGAUCCAGCAUUACCCCGAUUGCUUUAUCAUCACCGAUCAUAACUGCGGAGAAGAGAUACUGGAAUGUAUACUGAAACAGUGUCCAAAGCAGACUACCAUCCCCGAUCCAGAAGUCGUUAUGCUACUGGCCCGGUUUUUCAGCGCUGGCCUGAUGUCACUAUUCUUGGACAAGUAUGGAGAUGAUAUCGCAAUUUUCUCGGUCAUCCUUGAACAGGCAGCGGGUAACACAAAAGACGGAGGAAAGAUGGUUGAACUUCUUCUUCGGCGACAAAGCGAUGAGAUCAUGAUAAGUGAGGAUGUGGUCAUCGCAGUCGCGAACAACAGAUACCAAGGAAAGGUGAUUAUGGAGGUUCUCUUGGAGCAACGAAGUAACAAGGUGGAAAUCACCUGGCCCAUAUUAAAGACCGUCAUGGACAAUGACAAGGAUGGGUUGCAUAUUUUGAAGCUCCUUCUUGAAAAGCGACGGUCCGAUACAUUAAUCUUUGAGCAUUUUAUGCGGGAUUGUCGAACUCGUACCCCGAUUGGGCAAGCCGUCUUCGAAUUAUUGGAUUAUCAAUCACACACUAGUUAA